AUGGAGCAACAGCAGGAUCAGGAUACGUCCUACGUCACUAUGGCGGAUAUUUUACAGGAACAGGAAGAGCUGGAAGAAACAUCCCGUGCAGUUCUCGGUGGGUCAGAUGAGAAGAAUUGCACCUAUUCGAAGGGAUAUGUUGGCCGGCAAGCACUGUACGCUUGCCUGACCUGUGUUCCGGAAGCACGAGGCAUUGAGUCGAAGCGUAGUGGCAUCUGCUUGGCCUGUUCGCUGCAGUGCCACGAUAAUCAUGAACUGUUGGAGCUGUACACGAAGCGAAACUUUCGUUGCGAUUGCGGUGGCAAACGAAUGCCGGAUGUGAAAUGCAAACUGGAACCAAGAAAGGAGGAAGAAAAUAGUCGCAAUUGUUAUAAUCAGAAUUUUUCCGGACUGUACUGCGUCUGUCAUCGGCCGUAUCCGGAUCCGGAAGAUGAUGUGAAUGAUGAAAUGAUCCAAUGUGUUGUGUGCGAAGAUUGGUACCACAUGAGACAUCUGGAUGUGGAUGAGCCGAAGAGCGGGAAAGAUUAUGCGGAAAUGGUUUGCGGUGGGUGUAUGGAGGCGAAUCCGUUCCUGAAGAAUUACGUCGGAAAGAUCGAGGAUACCAACAAAGCAACGUUGGAUGAUACGGUUCAGGUGGAUGUGACUGGGUUGGAUGAAUCGAACGUGGGAGCCACAGAAUCUGAUCCGGAUACGGUUGGUCCGAGCGACCCGAAGCAACGCCGAUUGGACGAUGAUUCGAAGGUCCCCGUGGAAACGUCAGCAAAGGAUAAACCGGACGUUACGUUGGACAUUUGUACCAUGCCACCGUUGGUGGAAGAGGGUGAGAAAUCGUACAAGAAAGGUGCAUCAUUUUGGGUUGAAGGAUGGCGUAAAUCCCUAUGCCAGUGUAAAGCAUGCGGCGAGCUAUACAAAAAGCAUGGCGUUGAGUACUUACUUAACGAACAGGAUACCGUUAAACAUUACGAGGAAGUUGGAAAACAAAAGCACGGCACGGAUGGAUCGUCAUACGAACGGGGCAUGCAAAUGUUGGGCCAAUUGGAUCGGGUUACGCAGGUCGAUAUGCUUACUGAGUACAAUCGUAUGACCACCCGAUUACAUGAGUUCCUCGAACAGUUCGUAACGAAUCAGCAGGUGGUAACAACAGACGAUAUUAAUAAGUUCUUUGUCAAAUUAAACAAGGAGCGACGUGAGCGCGGUGAGCAGUCAGCUAGCAGUGGUCGGCCACCGUACUUUUGCCGUUAA